AUGAUGCUUAACAGGUGCAUCGCGCUGCUGCUACUCCUGCUGUCGGGGGCUCCGCUCGUUCUGGGACAGCCAAGGCCGCACAUCGUGGUCAUCAUGGCAGAAAGCUUGGGUUGGGCUGACGUCGGCUUCCACGGUUCGCGCCAGAUGCGAACACCAAACCUCGAUGCCCUGGCGGCGGACGGUGUCAUCCUGAACAAGUACUACACCUUGCCCUCUGGUACUGCUUCAAGGAUCGGCCUCCUCACCGGGGUGUAUCCCUUCCGUGCAGGCAUAACGAAAACGAUACAUCCUUCUCAACCAACGGCGCUACCCACACUGUUCUCCACUCUCCCAAUGUUCCUGAAGAAACUGGGUUACGCCACGCACUUCGUCGGAGUCUGGAGCCUGGGCUUCUUCAAGGACGAGUUCACGCCUGAAAAUCGCGGCUUCGACACGGCCUUCGCAAAGUGGAGCGGACCGGGCGACUACUGGACGCACGUGUCAUCAGACCGGUGGUACAAAAGUUUUCACGGCUACGACCUGCGCCUGAAUCGGGAGGUGCUCUGGAACAAGACGGGCAAGUACGCGACCCGGGUCUUCACAGAGAGGGCGACGGAAAUUAUUGCUCAACACGACAAGACGAAGCCCCUGUUCAUGCUCAUCGCCCACCAAGGCGUCCAGGCGGCCAACGGAGGCGGCUCUGUUCAGUGUCCUCCGGAACACCUCGAAUCCUUUGCAAGCAUCGCACACCGAAAAAGAGUCCUGCUGGCCGGGGCCCUGGCCGAAGUGGACACCUCCGUGGGCCAGGUGUUCGCGGCGCUCCAGAAUCGGACCAUGCUCAACGACACGGUGCUCGUCUUCGUGUCGUCCAGUGGAGGCCUUCCGGACGGGGACGACGACGGCAGCAACUGGUCCUUCAACUGGCCCCUGCGCGGAAGCCGGGGCACGUACUUCGAAGGCGGCGUCCGGGUGCCCGCAUUCGUCUGGAGCCCGCUGAUGGCGGACAGGUCUCCGCGAGUGUCCACCCAGCUGAUGCACGUCACCGACUGGGUGCCCACAAUCGUUCACCUUGCCGGCGGAGAUGCUAAGAUCUUAGGAGAGGUGGCCGACUUCGACUCGUACAACCAAUGGCCGACAAUCAGCAAGAACCUCGCCUCGCCUAGGAAGUCCAUCGUGCACAGGUUUGAUCUGGCGGGUCAAAAUUUCGUGAUCCUCCUCGGCCGCUACAAGGGCUUCGUCGCCAAGCACAGCAGCAUUAGCUUGGAGAAGAAGUCUAAUUGGUUCCCACCUGUGGGACUCGAGCUGAAGCCGUCGACUGAUUUCGAGAAACUUGUCUCGUCCUGCCAGGCGUACAAGGCCCUUCAGCGUUUCCAUGGCAACGGCUUCAAAUUGACAGACCCCACACGACGAGGCUCGUUGCUGAACUGCACACACAUCGCGAAACCUAUUGACUGUCACGUGGGACGAGGGCCGUGCAUUUUUGACUUGGCCAAGGACCCUUGCGAGAAGGACAACAUCGUCGACAAGCAUCCCACUAUCUUGAUGAAGAUGAAGCAGACGAUAAUAUACGGUGACAGCUACGUUCCCUGGGAGAACGAGAAGUUGGGAGACUCCGAUGCAGACCCAGGACUGUUCGGCGGAGUGUGGGUACCAUGGCGGAGUGCGCCGCACAAUCGAUACAACCAGAACAAGAAUUCCCGGGAAUGUCACUUCGACUGCUAA